AUGAGAAUAAUAGGCUUUGAUUUCGGUGAAGACUGCACAAUAGCAGUAUGGAAGGAAGGAAAAGGUGGAAUUGAUAUUGUAGGCACAAACACCCCUUCAGCUGUGCACUUUACGGAGAAAGAACGGAUUGUGGGGCGCAACCCAGGUAUUCCCAAGGAUAGUGACGCUCAGGAAGAAUACAACAAUGUGAGCCAGGCUGAAGCUGACAAUUUGAUAUAUGGUAUCAAGCAACUGAUUGGUGUAAAAUUUAAUGAACUUGAUUUAAAUUUUACACCUUUCUCAGUCAGAGAAGGCGAUGAUGGAUAUGUUCUUGUUGAUGUGAAUCACCAUGCCUUUAAACCAGCGGAGCUGUUAGGCAUGAUAUUCUCCCAUCUGAAAAUGAAAGCCAUGUCUUGUCUAAGGUCCAUCAAGGAGGAAAAGGAAGAGGAGAAAUGCUGCAUCGGAGUGCCGGCAUAUUUCACGGUGCCGCAGAGAAAUGCGGUAUGUAAUGCAGCAAAGAUUGCAGGGCUUGAUCCAUGGCUGCUGCAUGAGACAACAGCGACAGCGUUGGCAUAUCUGCACUACAACUCAAAGAAUCUGGGAAAAACUGAGCGAUUUAUAGCCAUCAUAGAUGUUGGGUUUUCUAGAAUGCAAAUUUCCUUUGUACAUUACAAGAAAGGUGAGCUCAAGAAAGGUGAGCUCAAAGUUCUGUCAUACGGAAGUGACAGCUCUCUUGGUGGGAAGCAGUUGGAUAUGCUCAUCUUUGAGCACUUCACCAAGCAGUUACGAGAUAAACAAAAAAUCAAUGUUAUACAAAAUAAGCAUGCCCGCAUCAAGCUUUUCAAUCAGUGCGAAAGGGUGAAGAAAACAAUAUGCAAGGGUCAGUCUAAUGCAGAAAUUUUGCUUGAAAAUUUAAUGAAGGGGGAAGAAGAUCGUCUUGAGUUAACUAAAGCAGAUUUCAGUCAAAUAUGUCACAAAGCGCUGGUUGGCAUGAAUAGCCUACUUAAAAAAGCUUUGGAAGAAGCCGGCUUAAAUUCAAAGGAGAAGCUUGCAAAAAUUGAAUCUGUUGUCACAGGUUCAGGCAGUGCUGUUCCUGCAAUCAUUGAUAUACUUACCGAGUUCUUUGGAGAAGCGCCUUUCAUGGAUAGCAAGUUUGCGAACUUUAGUGUUGCUAAGGGCUGUGCCCUACAGUCUGCUCUCCGUGGUAACACAAACCAGAAGACACCCGAUAAAGUUGUUUCGAAGAAAAUGAAAAGUAUGCUGGGGCUUAAGAUUAUUGAUCAAUUCCCGUUCUCGAUUACCGUGUGUUGGCUGCAAAAUCUUCAAAAUGGUGACAACCAUACCCAGCUUUUCAAGGAAGGUGCUUCAUGGCCAUGCACUCAAUCUGUAUCUGUUACGCCUGAUGCAUCUGAGCUCAGCGUAUAUGCAUUUUCUGAGAAAUCAAAAACUCCUACAAAGAUAUGCAGAUGCAAGUUCAAAUGGCCUUCCAACAGUGGUGGAAACACAACUUCAGAGGUCCAGUUCACUAUUGACGACUAUGGGAAACUAUCAGUUGAACCAGUUGAAUUUGCAGAGCUUGAAUUUGAUGGUGAAAUGGGGACCGAAGAUAUGCUCACGACUAAGGAGAAAGAGAGAGAUUUUGCUAAACUGGAGGCAAUAAAGAAUGAUGUCUUGGGUUACAUAACUAGUACUCUUCAUUUCUUCAAAAGCUAA